AUGGAGGCCUACUACACGAGGGAGAAAGGGAGGCGGCCGAUCCCUCUACCCUCGGGCUCCUACACCUUCGCAGGGCCCAUCACAGCACAGCUAAAUUCCCCCCCUCGCACCCCCCCCUUGCCGGUGAGGGAAAUCCCGGCACCUACCAGCCGUGCUGUGGGGUCUGGAGGCUUGUCCGAUCAGCGACAAGAAGAGGAGGAUAGCUCCUGUAAAAUGGCGGUACAGAGCACACCUGAUAAAAGAAGACAGCUGCCUGAUCUCCAGCUCAGACUAGACCAACUAUUUGAAAAAUUAGUUGGUCUAGUUAGAGAGCAGAGCGCACCUACCUGCCUCACAACUGCCAAGCAGCCAUCUGCCCAAAAAGCAGCCUCAACAAGGGAGAAGGAACCCAAAAGUCCUCACUACAAACUGGACCUCAAAAUGGCGGCGGACGAAGCGACGUUUUCUACCCCAGCACAAGAAGACAAACACCCACAUGAAAUACCGCCAGGAAUAUAA